AUGAAGAGCAAAGAAUAUAUCGACACAAAAGAAUUUGCUGAAAUAGAGAAAAUUUCCCUAGUUAUUGAUGCACGAAGCAAAUCGGAAUACCAAACUCUCAAAUCUUUUCCUAAUAGCAUUAACAUACCCUAUGAAGAUUUAAUUUCUGAACCCGAAAAAUAUCUUGCUGAUAAAAACAAACUAAUCAUUAUUUACUGUAAUUUUGGUAAUCGUUCUACCAAGAAAAUCAAGCCUAUUUAUGGAGUAAAGAUUUUUUUCCAAGAAACUGAUGGUGCCAACGCCAAACCAAGUUCAAUAAAAACCGAAGCAAAAAAAUAUUCAGCUACUAUUUAUCCCCAAAACAAUAAAGGCUAUAAGGAAGUUCUCCAAAAGUUAUUUUUUUCCGGUGCUCCUAAUGACCGAGUAUUCUCACUUAAUUAUGUUCUUUCCAAUUUAAGCAAAAAUUGUCUCAUUGUCUUUGAAGCACAAAAGCCAGAAGAAAUAAAGCAAUUUGCUGAGCAGUGGAUUUUAGCCACUCCUAUCCAAAAAGAAUGGCAAGGCUUUCUUGCCAAAAUUAGUCUUAACCCUUCCCCGUGCAGUGAAAAAAUAAAUAAGGCCAAAAAAGAAAAUUCACUCUUAACUUUAAAAAGUAAAUGUUGGCAAAAGUUAUUAACUUUGUCAAAGGGAAAAGACGAGAAUUAUCGACAAACUUUAGAGAAAGAACUGACAAUUAUUGAGGAUUUUAAUUAUAUUGACUAUUUUUUGAUAUUUAGCGAUGCCGUAAAUUACUUACGGUCCAAAGAGGUUAUUAUCGGACCAGGUCGGGGUAGUGCAGUUUCUUCCCUGGCGGCUUAUUUAUUAAAUAUAACUAGCGUUGACCCCUUACAACAUAAUUUAUUUUUUGAGCGAUUUUUAAAUGAAAAAAGAAAAACCAUGCCGGAUAUUGAUUUAGAUAUCGAAAAUCAGGAAGAAAUAUUUAAUUAUUUACCAAAAAAAUAUCCCAAAAAUCAAGUGGCUCGGAUUAUUACUAAAAAAAAAAUUGGCUGGAAAUUAGCUUUACAAGAGAAAGUUCAAGACUUGCAUUACGAUACUAGCCUCCAUCCCGCCGGAGUUAUCAUAGCAGAAAAUUCCUUACUGGGUUUAGUUCCGCUCCGAACCGAAAAAGAUUAUUUAAUAGCACUUUUUGAAGAAAACAAACUGGGUUGUUUAGGUUUAAAAAAGUAUGAUUUUCUUAGUUUGAAAGAGACCUUGGGAUUUAUCCAGCAGACCCGAAAAAUUUUGGCAAUUGAACUGCCUGGUUAUCAAGAAUUAGAUACCCUCAAUGCUCGCAAUUUAUUUAGUAGAUUUUGCCCGUCCUCUUUUGCCGAAUUAGUGCUUUUUUUGUCUUUAAAUCGCCCCGGGGUCAGAAAAAAAGCCGAGGAAAUCAUCCGGAAAAAAUUCUCUUCAACCAAAAGCCCUUAUUCUUCCGUUGCUAUUAAAAAAAUUCUGGCUGAAACUUACGGUUUUAUUAUUUUUGAAGAACAAAUAAGUCAAAUCUUGGCUCUGGUUUAUGAUUGCUCUUUUGCCGAAGCCGAAGUCAAAAGGCGCGAACUGGCCACUAAAUCCCUAGAAAGUAACUUUCUCACCCAAGCCCAAAAAAAACUUUCUCCGGGAGAUAGCAAAUUAAUUUAUCAGCAAAUUAUUUCGUCUACUGGCUAUACCUUUAAUAAAGCACAUGCGGUAGCUUAUAGUUAUCUAACUUAUUAUAUUGCUUAUUUGAAAGCUAACUACUUUCCGGGACUUAUUACCUAUUUUCUUAACAACAAAAAAGAAAAAAACUUAUCUUAUUUACAAGAAGCGUUUUUCUAUGAUUUUCAAAUCGAAAAGCCCGAUAUUAAUUACUCGCAAAUUAAUUGA